GCCCCGAGUGCCAGCUUAGUCUCUCCUGCAGCUCGCAGAACAUAAAGAUCCGGCUCACUCGCCUCUCCUGCAAUUUUACCUUUUCUGCAUUUUUUUGUUUGUUUUUCUUUUCUUGUUGCAACAGAUUGCGGGAGGCAGCACCAGUGGCUCCACUUUGAGGCUUGUCAAGGCUCAGCGCACGCAUACAAACACACACUCGCAACCCAGAGCAAAAACAUUUGCUCUCACCUGUCUCCAAACCCAAGCAAACAUCCCGUCCAAGCAAACUGCCAACACUUGGAACGAGAAGGCACCCGAGCCAGAGUUUAAUGUAAGGGGAAGAAAUUCAGUGUACACUGGCAACUUUUCUCUAAAAAGCAAGUGGCAAAAAGGAAGGAAAGGAGCGUUUUAAGAAGAGGACAACUUAAGGAAGAAGAUUUCAUUAUUUGGAUUUCACACCAAACUUUGGAAAAGUUUUUUUUUUUCUUUUAGUUUCUAUUCUGUGCACCUUCUUCUAAGAACAUUGAGACAUUGUUACCUGCAUGUAAAAGCUUUUACAGAUACACAUUUUUUUAAAAAACGAAGAAAACCAGCAGGAAGAAUAGUAUGUGGACCACCUAGCCAAAGGCACCACUGAAGCAUCCCUUGCGGCAAGGGGGACCCAGACUCUGGAUGUGUAUAAUUCCGAGGGACUGCAUUUUUUCCCCACCGGACUUAUGAGAUAGCGCAGAGGCAGGCGAGUCACCGAGAAUUACUUCUGUCUCCCCUCACCACCACCGCCACCUCCACGUCCUCUUCCAAGGGCUCCUGCGACUCUCCCACAUCCUCCCGGCUCGCAGGGGACAUGGGAACGCGCAGCGCCCUCGAUGCCUGAGGCCGGGCGGCCGCGGGGCUGUCUGCGGGAAGCGCUUCCCUCCCGGGGCUCGCCGUCCAUGUGCCCGCAGCCGGCGGGGCCUGGAGUCGGGAUGAAUUUCGGCGUGGUCUUCGCGUUCAUGCUCUCGCUGCCCCUGGCCCGCAUGGAGGGGGAUCCCAUACCUGAAGACAUUUAUGAGAUUUUGGGUGGCAGCUCAGUGCGCUCCAUCAGUGACCUCCAGCGUGCCCUGCAGAUAGACUCCGUAGAGCGGGACAGCUCGAGCCUGAGCCUGAAUGCAUCUCAGCCUGAUCAAAACCCUGUGGCCCUGUCUCGAGAGCGACGAAGCCUAGAUGCUCUGGCAGCAGCAGAGACAGCUGUCCUGGCGGAAUGCAAGACACGGGAGGUGGUCUUCGAAAUCUCCCGCAACAUGGUGGACAGCACCAAUGCCAACUUCGUGGUGUGGCCGCCCUGCGUGGAGGUGCAGCGCUGCUCCGGGUGUUGCAACAACCGCAACGUGCAGUGCCGCCCCACACAGAUCCGUGUCCGGCACGUCCAGGUGAACAAGAUCGAAUUUGUCCAGAGGAAGCCAAAAUUCACAAAAGUCGUUGUGCCUUUGGAGGACCAUGUGCAGUGUCGGUGUGAAGUCGUGUUCCGACCACCCCCCAGGAACAUCCGUCCAGGGCCACGUGAACAGAGACGCUUGUCCCCAGCGCUCACCACAGCCGCUGUCUCACAGAGGCGGCGAGUACGCCGGCCGCCGGCACAGAAGAGGAAACAUAAGAAGUACAAGCAUGUCAACGAUAAGAAAGUGCUGAAAGAAAUCCUCAUAGCAUAGAAGUGCUGGAAGGGGAGAGAGAGCACAAGGCAGGUUUAUUUAAUAUAUUUGCUGUAUAGCCCCCAUGGGGUCCUUGGAAUGAUAACUUUUCCUCUUUGUCCAUCUGCCUCGACGUCUGAUUCAGACGGCAAUUGGUGCUUCCUUUUCCAUCAGUGGACCUUCUCCCACCAAAGCCUCCCUUUCAUUUAUUAGCAUAAUUUUUAAGUUUUACACACACACACACACACACACACACACAAAAGGACAAGGAUGAUCUACAUAUAUAUAAUAUAUGAGAAAAGAACAAAGUACAAAUAAAACCGUGAAUGCCAACAGCCACAACUUGCGAAGAGAACAGGACAAUUCCUCCCCUGCCACGAAGGACAGGAUGGAAAAUGUGAAAAAGAAAGUGGGUCCAAUUUCUUCUGAGAGAAGGAGAAAAACAGAUGGACAGAGGCCGGAAGGGGAAUAUUCUCCCUUUCCCUCAUGCUUCUGGUAAGGCUGGAAGGGCCCAGCUGAGAUCUGCUCUUGCAUUGGACCUACCUUUUGGCAACAGGCAAAUCUCAGAUUGCGAGCGGAGACCAAUGAUGGAAAAUGCACUAAGAACUUUUACCACCCUACCUGGACAGAUAUAUAUUUUUAAUGUGCGUGUGUAUAUUUUUUUUUAAAAGAAAAACCAAAACCACUAAGGUAUACAACAUCUCGGGGAACACAACAAACAAGCAAAGAAACAAAA